UCCCAGACUCUCUGUCCUGCCCAGUGGACCCUCUGUUCCUCCCUCCACCACUUCUCUCUCUCUCUCUCUCUCUCUCUCUCUCUCUCUCUCUCAGGUCCACACUGGACUCGUGCUCACACACGGUCUGCCUGCACUGGUGGACUGGUGGACUUUUGGAAGCUUCACACAGCCGAGAUCUUUAUGCAGCAUCUGAUGGUUCAUUAACAGAGGAGUUGGUGUGUGUGUGAUGUGAGCUGAGUAACAGAAGUGUGAUGAGGGUUGUGUGUGUGUGAGACAAAGACAGAGGAAGACAGAAUGAAUCCUGUGAGGAAGGACAUGGAGCUGCUGAGCAACAGCAUGGCCACCUACGCUCACAUUAAAGAGAACACGGAGAGCUUUGCACUGUACUUCAUGCUGGGCGUGUGCUUCGGUCUGCUCCUGGCUCUGACGCUCCUCAUCCUGGGCUUCGCCUGCAGACCCAGAAGAAAAGCCACAAAGAAACCUCCGUCCCCCGAGACGAAACGUCUCCAAGAGUCCGGCGAGAUACACGAGGAGGACCGACUGGACAAGAGCGACGAGGAAGGAGAGGACGAGGUUCCUGACAUUACCGUAGCACCCGCGAGCGAGCAGAGCCAAUCCAACGGGACCAUCACGAGCGUCAACGUGUUCUCCUCAGCGGACGAGCUGGAGAGAGCUCGCCGUUUAGAGGAGCGAGAACGCAUCGUCAGGGAGAUCUGGAGGAACGGACAGCCCGAUAUCCUCGUCACCGGGACCGGGACACUUGGACGGGUGCACUAUCACUAAUAAGAAAGGGGUCUUUUGUGAACAUUUUGCACUUCAGUGGGACGGAGACCCAUUUCCUACACUUUUUAUACGCCAUUAUUUUGGAGUGUCUGUGUGUGCAUGCAUAUAUAUACACACAUACAUACACACAUACACACAGUUGUGCUCAUAAGUUUACAUACCCUGGCAGAAUUUUUGCUUUCUUGGCCUUUUUUCAGAGAAUAUGAAUGAUACCACAAAAACUUUUUUCCCCCACUCGUGGUUGGGUGAAGCCAUUUAUUGAUAACUGUGUUUUCUAUUUUUAAAUCAUAAUGACAACAAAAAACAUCCAAAGUUUACAUACCCCAGUUCUUAAUACCGUGUAUUGCCCCCUCUAACAUCAAUGACAGCCUGAAGUCUUUUGUGGUAGUUGUGGAUGAGGCUCUUUAUUUUCUCAGAUGGUAAAGCUGCCCAUUCUUCUUGGCAAAAAGCCUCCAGUUCCUGUAAAUUCCUGGGCUGUCUUGCAUGAACUGCGCGCUUGAGAUCUCCCCAGAGUGGCUCAAUGAUAUUGAGGUCAGGAGACUGAGAUGGCCACUCCAGAACCUUCACUUUGUUCUGCUGUAGCCAAUGACAGGUCGACUUGGCCUUCUGUUUUGGAUCGUUGUCAUGUUGGAACGUCCAAGUACGUCCCAUGCGCAGCUUCCGGGCUGAUGAGUCCAAACUUGCCUCCAGUAUUUGCUGAGAACGUGCUGCAUUCAUCUUUCCUUCAACUUUGACCAAGUUUCCUGUGCCUUUGUAGCUCACACAUCCCCAAAACAUCAGCGAUCCACCUCCGUGCUUUACAGUAGGAAUGGUGUUCCUUUCAUCAUAGGCCUUGUUGACACCUCUCCAAAUGUAACGUUUAUGGUUGUGGCCAAAAAGUUCAAUUUUGGUCUCAUCGCUCCAAAUUACCUUGUUCCAGAAGUUUUGAGGCUCGUCUCUGUGUUGUUUGGCGCAAGUUUUUGUUGGUCUACCUGACCGUGGUUUGGUUUUAACAGAGCCCCUGAGUUCUCAUCUCAUCUCAUUAUCUCUAGCCGCUUUAUCCUGUUCUACAGGGUCGCAGGCAAGCUGGAGCCUAUCCCAGCUGACUACGGGCGAAAGGCGGGGUACACCCUGGACAAGUCGCCAGGUCAUCACAGGGCUGACACAGACAACCAUUCACACUCACAUUCACAUCUACGGUCAAUUUAGAGUCACCAGUUAACCUAACCUGCAUGUCUUUGGACUGUGGGGGAAACCGGAGCACCCGGAGAAAACCCACGCGGACACGGGGAGAACAUGCAAACUCCGCACAGAAAGCGAACCCGGACCUCCUUGCUGUGAGGCGACAGCGCUAACCACUACACCACCGUGCCGCCAGCCCCUGAUUUUCCAUUUGUUAAUCACAGUUUGAACACUGCUACCUGGCAUUAUCAAUUCCGUGGAUAUCUUUUUGUAUCCCUUUCCUGUUUUAUACAGUUCAACUACCUUUUCCCGUAGAUCCGUUGACAAUUUUUUGCUUUCCCCAUGACUCAGAAUCCAGAAACGUCAGUGGCUGGAUGAAAGAUGCGAAAGUCUGUCUGGAUCCCAGAAACUCACUCAGCUUUUAUGCGUACACACACACUGAUUACAAGCGAACAGAUCACAGGUGAGGAUGUUACGGUACCUUUAGUAACCAUUCAAACCAGGGCUUUGAACCAGAAUCUUUUUCCUAUUGGUUCGUUCCAAACAGAAACGGAAUUUUAACGUUUCCGGUUUUGGGUUCCACCAUUAAAUAGACGUUCCCGAACCGGUUAGAACAAAAAAAAUUUCGUUCCCAGAACGGUUAAUUACGUUCCCUGUCAGCUGUUUAACAAACGGCUAUAAAAUUAUGUCUCUGUCUCAUCCAGCUUAAGCCAAAUUCUAUUACAACCUUCAUUAAAUAAGACAAGAAAUAAUUCAAAACAAUUAUUAUUUCAAACGUUGGCGAUUUGGAUUCUCAGUACGUCUUCCCAUCUACACAAACAGAAAAAGUGCCAAAAAUGAAAGAGAAUUCGUUUAGUGUGUUACCAAAGGCUAGUCAGGCCCUAUGCAUUGAUAGGCUAACAGAGGUUAACGUCAUUUAAUGUUUGCGAGCCUCUCAUUAACGUGGACAAAUAUAUUGAUAUCGUGUUUGAAAUUGACGUUUUUGAAUAACGAUAGACUGCAAUAUUUACCUCUUAUUUAAGAUGUGGAGACGUGAUAGUAGUCCACCCUCCCGCUCUCUCCAUUCAGUCAGCGAACGUCACACAGGAAGUGAACCCCAGCGGGUCAUAGAAACUUGCGCAGGAGAAGAAUGACUUUUUUAUUUGUAGGCUACGGAAACUUUGAGGAACGAAAUAAAAACCGGUAACCAUUAUUUUUAAUAAGCGUUUCUGUUCCGGAACAUAAAAAAUAAAGUUUCUGGUUUCGUUUCUGUUCCAUGUGAAAUAGAAAAAGUUCCCGGUUUUCGUUUUCGUUCCUUGAACCGGUUCAAAGCCCUGCUUCAAACCCAUUUGUGUCAACUUCUGUGCAUGUUCUCAGGCCAAAAUCACCAGGGUAUGUGAACUUUUGAUCAGGGUCAUUUGGGUAGUUUCUGCUGUCGUUAUGAUUUAAAAAGAGAAAACACAGUCGUUUGACAAUAAAUGGUUUCACCCAACCACUAAGCAUGAGUGGAAAAGAUGUUUUUGUGUUAUCAUUCAUAUUCUCUGAAAAAUGGUCAAAGAAUCAUAGAUUCUGCCAGGGUAUGUAAACUUAUGAGCACAACCUUCUUCGUUAUUUUGUAAUGUCCUGGGGGAAUUUAAAAAUAAAGCCAGCCGAAAGUCGUUUCAGCUUCGUCAGCAUCCUGUGUGUUCGGUCCCACGCCAAAGCAGAACCUUCACCCCUCAUUUCUCAGGCCUGCACUUCCUGUCAGCGCUCUCCCACCAUCUAAAAGAAACAGUUCUGCUCCCCAGGGGACAUCCAAAUGAUUUCAGAUGUCCGAAAGCAUUCGCUCAAAAGUUUUACAACAAACGGUUUCUGUUUACUGGGUCACUGACGGAGAUUCGGGGCUGUUGUUGACACCACAGCGCUGGUGAAGAACGCUGCCUGACUGGCCAGAAUCCUUCUCUCUCUCUGUUUUCUCUCCAUUCAUUCCUUCAGCACUUUAUCCUGGUCAGGGUCAUGAUGGAUCCAGAGCGCAUCCCAUAAGUACUUUUGUUUUUCUUUUUAAAUUUUUUUCAUUCUUUCAAUUUUUUUCUCUUUUUUAAUUUCUUUCAACUUGUUUUUCCCCGCCAACUAUUUCUCUUUCAACUUGUUUUUCUUUUUAAAUUUUUUCCUUUCUCUUUCCAAAGCUGUCUUGCAUUAGCCUAGUAAACUAGACCUAGCGGCCAAAAAUAUUUUUGCCUGCGAGUGGGUCUAGCCUCGCACCAUAUAAACAAAAACACCCCGGGCAUCAAAUCGUGCCCGCCAAUCACAACGCAAGGUUUUUGUUUGGAUUCUUUGGGCGGGCUUUUGCAGGAGUGACGACAAAGCUGCGCGACGCUGGAGAAAGCGCAACAGGAAAGAUGGCUACGGCUAGUGAACAGCACGCGUUUGACUCCGCUUUGGAAUCAGUUUUAGAAGAAUUAGACUUGGAGUUUUGGUUGAAACAUGAGCAGGAAGAGGCUCUCCGCUCAUUCCUUUUCAAGAAGGACGUUUUCGCUGUUUUGCCGACCGGCUAUGGCAAAAGUCUGAUCUACCAGCUGGCUCCGCUCGUAGCCAAAAGGAUGGGGCUAGUUUGUGCAGUACGAAGAAUUAAUAAACAGCUUUGAAACAUUACUUUUUGAUUGUUUCUUAUUUUCCCGUUAUUUUAAAUUUAAGGGAAAUUAUUUCACCAAACACCACUAAAUAAAAACUCUCAAAAACAGUUUAAGCAAACCCUUGAAAAACACUUGGAAAAAAAAAUAAGUGUAUGUUAAGUAUGUGGUACAGACUCCAAACUUGUGGUCAUUAUCUCCAAACUUCUUAAUAUCUAGAACCUGUUUAUUAAUUAAUACGCGUUUUGAAAAAUUAUUUAUUUCAAGGCCUCCCCCACUGCUUUCUGUCGCUCUGACUACGUCACAGUCACUGUUGCGCUGAUUGGUCAGAGCGUCGGCCUAUACGCACAGAGACAGUUUGAAAGACAGCGGUUUGUUCCUCCCACACCCUUCGGAAAUGUCUACGGAUCGAGGCCAGACUAAAUAUUCACAUUUAGUCUGGCUUGCCAGGCUAGUCUUGCAUUUCCUUCUUGCAAUUUUUUUUCCUCAAUCGUUUUUCCUCUCAUCUGCCCUCCCAGUUUUAUUUUCUUUCAAAAUUUUCCCUUUUUCUUCUUUUGCCAAUUUUUUUCUUUUCAAUCUUUCAAUUUUUCUUUCAAUUUUGUUUUUCCCCCAGCUGUUUCUCUUUCCACUUGUUUUCCUUUCUUUCUUGCAAUUUCUCUCUCAAUUGUUUUUCCUCUUUCAAUUUUAUUGUUUUUCUCUCAUCUGUCCUCCCAGUUUUAUUUUUUUUUCUUUCAAAAUUUUCCCUCUUUCUUCUUUUGCCAAUCUUUUUUCAACUUUCUUGCUUCUAUGUGUCUUUCAAAUUUUCUUUCAACUGUGUGCACAGUGCAUGUAAAAUUGUUCUAUAGUGACUAAUAAAUCUUCAUUUGAAAGCAGAAGAUAGAGAGAGAGAGAAAGGUACUGGUGCAUGCAUGUGGCCAACAUAUCAAACACACUAACAGCAAAACAGGAACCAAAAUUGGGUUUUUUUUUUUUUACUUUAAGUCACCAAUCCAUCUCUUAGCACAUUUUAGGAGGUGGGAGGAAACCGGGGAACCCAGAUGAAACCCAUAUAGACCCAAAAAGAACAUGGAGGAACUCCAGAGAGACCCGAGCUCAGGAUCAAACCCGAGACAUCAAAAACCCGAGAUGGAGGUUUUGUCCCAAUCAUCCAAGUCUGAUUUAACAAAACCUUCCCAAGACAGAUUGAGAGCGAACUGUGAAUCAGCGAUGGGUCCAUUUUGUCUACCACAGACGAGUUUAAGGCAGAGGAUUCUUGCUAUUAUUAAAGCAGGACCAUUUUAACCCUUUCAUGUACAGCAUCCACACUCACAGAUCACUUAAGGUUGUGUUUAGAAACAGGUUCGAAGUAAAUCACCUCCAGACCAGUGUCAUGUGAUGGAGAACCAUUACCCUGAUUUUUAUUAAGUGCUGCUGUUCCCAGUGCGGACCGUUCAGUCACAGCCUCACAGCCCGUUUCUGUCUCAACUUUCUAAUUCAAAGUCAGACUUGUAAGAACGUUAGGUUUUCUAAAUAAAGCAUUACGUCAGAGCUAAA